CUGCACACCUCUCCUUUCAACGUUUUUCUCCAACAGAUCUCUCGGGCUAACCCUUGGAAAUGCGUGCUGGCUGGGAAGAUUUCUCUUCCCUUUUGUGGCUUUUCUGGGUCCUUCUCAUUUCUCCUUUGCUGUCUAUCUCCUCCACAUACAAUGCAUUCAUCUAUGUAAAUGCGUAGAACUACAUUAAUAUACAUUUAUACUUAUAUUAAUAUACACCGGUCUAUCUCUCAAGUUACACACGCACCCAUUUUUGAGACUUUUGCUUCGAUUUCUGUGUAAAAGAUUUUGUGGGUGGGUUUGGGUUUUUGCUGUUCCAUAACAGAGUGUUAUAGAGAGAGGGAGAAGAUGGAGAACGGUGUGAGUUCCAAUGGUGAUGGAGUGACGUUCAGCGAAGAAGAGGUAAGAGAGAUGAGUGGGUUGAAGAGAGCGGAUGAUUAUGUGGAGGUGAUGUGUGGGUGUACGAGCCAUCGAUACGGUGAUGCUGUUGGGAGGCUUAGGGUUUUCGUAACUGGUGAUCUCGAAAUCACCUGUGAAUGCACUCCUGGUUGUCUGGAAGACAAGUUGACUCCUGCUGCAUUUGAGAAGCAUUCUGGAAGAGAAACUGCCAGGAAAUGGAAGAAUAAUGUUUGGGUCAUGGUUAAUGGAGAAAAGGUCCCUAUAGUAAAGACAACAUUGCUUAAAUAUUACAAACAAGCAUCAAAAAAUGCCAGUCGAUCCCAUAAUGGGCGUGUUUGUCAUCGUGAUGAAUUUGUUUGUUGUGCUCGGUGUAAUAAGGAGCGCAGGUUCCGCCUACGCACCAAAGAGGAGUGCCGGAGUUACCAUGAUGCUUUAGCAUAUAUGAAUUGGAAAUGUUCUGAUAUGCCUUAUGACAAUGUAGAUGGACAUCUAUGUGUGCCAUUUGUGCCAGAAGCUUUGCUAUCUGGGGGCAUGCUGUGGCACAAUUUUGUCUGCGGCUUAUUCUUAAAGCCACUGUUUUGCCAGUGCUCUAAUAUUGUUCACAACCUGGAGCAACAUGUGAUGACGGUGAAGAACGAGCGAGUCGGAAGGUGUACAGGGGCUGCUCCCAUUCUCCAACAUGCAGAGGUUGCACCUCCUGUGUAUGUUUUGGAUGUGAAAUCUGUCGUUUUUCGGACUGCAGCUGCCAGACUUGCACCGACUUCACAAGGAACACGAAAACUUGAGUCUAAAACAGUCAUUGUAGUCCCAAAAUCUCCUCCUAAUUUGGGUGGGUUCAUUCUUCCCUCCCUUGUAAUUUCAUUUAAAUUGCAGUCCACAUUUACAUAAAGCUCAGUAACAUCCUCCUAGAUCUUCAGCCCCCUAAAUGAGAGUUUCCUGUGUUGUUCUUGACUGGUUU